AUGUUCUCAGAGUUGAAGUUCCCCGUGCCCUGGGGACAUGUGGCAGCCAAGGCCUGGGGACCCUCAGAAGGACAUCCUGUGCUGUGUUUGCAUGGGUGGUUGGACAAUGCCAACACCUUUGACAAGCUCAUUCCACUGCUCCCCAGAGGUUGUUAUUAUGUGGCAAUGGAUUUUUCUGGCCACGGUUUGUCCUCCCACCGACCUGCAGGCUGCCCCUACCAUUUCCUAGAUUAUGUGACCGAUGUGCGCCGGGUGGCAGCAGCCUUGCAGUGGAGACGGUUCACCCUGAUGGGUCACAGUAUGGGUGGGGCUGUGGCAGGAAUGUUCUGUUUCCUUUAUCCUGAGAUGGUGGACAAGCUGAUCCUGCUGGAAAGUCUUGGCUUUCUUCUAGCUCCAGAGGACACAGAGGCAUGGCUGAAAUCAAAACGGAGGGUGAUCGACAGACUCCUGAGUCUGGAGGCAAAGCAGCAAACUCCCAAAGCACGGAGCCCCGAAGCAGCAUUGCAGAGGCUUUUAGAAGCAAACAGCCAUCUGACAGCAGAGGGUGGGGCAAUCCUGCUGCAGCGAGGAGCAACUGAGACACCCGCUGGGCUGGUGUAUAACAGAGACAUGAGAGCUCGUACGCAGAGUCGAGAGUUCUUCACGGUGGAGCAGUGUGUGAAGCUCCUGCAGAAGAUCCAGGACCGUGUUCUCAUCAUUGUAUCACAAGAUGGACUCUUGGUACCGCACAAUCUACCGAGCAGAAAUCACUUUGUGAAAGCCCUGCAGGAGGCAUUCGAGUCUAACCUCAAAGAGCACAUCCAGCUAGCAGAAGUGCCUGGGAGUCACUUUGUGCACCUGAACGAGCCCGAGGUGGUAGCUGGGAUCAUCAGCAACUUCCUGACAGCACAGAACACCAGGGCCAGACUCUAGGAAGCCCUCACAGCAGCAGUCCAGGAGAAUUGGGAGCUAACAAGCAAGCUCCAGAAUUGUCACCAUUCCUACCUCACAUCCAGCAUUAGAUCAUGAUAAUCUUUCCUAUGCUUAGCUCACUGCAGGGUGGAAGCAGGUCUGCCAGGGGUACUCUGAAGGAGAGCUGAGCAAAGCAUGUCAUUUUUCAAAGGGAGAAGGAAUCCUUGCUCUACUUCUAGCUCUGUGAGUACAGGGAUAGAGGCCCAGAGUGGCCUUCCCCUUGGCUUACUCCAAACUUGCACCCUGACACAGAGCAGAACACAAGGCAGAGGCAUCCUCUGUGACAGCAGCAGCUCCCCAGCUUUGGCAGUGCAGUAGAGGUGGCUCUUCUUGCCUCCUCCCUGAGUAUGGAGAGUAGGCUGCUCCCUGGAUUUAACCUGCUGAAAAACAUGGAAAGUGUUCUGCUUCUCUGCUUACUUCCAUAGAUGCUCAGAGGGCCUCAGUGUCUCUGUUCCAUUGUGAGAACUACUGUUUAAGAAUCAGCUUAAAUAAGAGCUUACCUGUGCAGAGAAGGCCAUUUUAAUGAAUGCUAGAGAAUUCUUAAUCCUCUAGCUGAAGCAGCUGGGAGAACUACAAAUUAUGGAAAAGUUGGCAGAGACAAUUUCUGUCCUAAAUAAAGAUUAAUGUUCUAAUGUUAA